AAGCAGCGGGACUGAGCGGGACAGUUGCACUCGGACGGUGAGAAGGGCUCCUUCACCUCAGCCGAACCUGCAGGAUGUUCAAGAAGAAAGAAAAUGGCAAGGACAGCACCCCCAAGAACACGUCCAAGUCCACCAAAUCUCAGGCCAACGACCUGGCCUUGUUGAUUGCGCGCAUGCAGAAGAAUGCCGAUAAGGUGGAAAAAGACGUGCUCAAAGCCGAGGAGGUGCUGAUCGCGGAUGCUGAAAAUGAGAAGAAGAAGCAGCCCCUGAAAUACCAAAAGUCAGCAGCGGAGAACCUGUCAGAGGCCGAAGUUCUCCUGAAGGACCUCUUCUUGGAUUUGGACAAAGCCAAGAAACUGAAACACCCCCAGGCAGGAGAGAUUGAGAAUGAUGUGACCCGCCUCCACGAACGCUGGCUGAAGGACUGCAUGUUCUACCGGGAGGUCUAUGAGCAAAAGAACGAGGUGGGCUUGCAGCCCCGGAUCAACUGGGCCCAGGUGUUCGAGCAGAAGCAGAAAGAGGUCAACUCGGAGGCGUACGGCCCCACCAUCGCCGACCUGGAGAAGCAGAUCGCAGCUCAUAACAUCAUUCAUAAGGAGAUUGAGGCCUACAACGCCCAGCUGAGUCCAGCGAGCACCAGCUCUAAGGAGCAAUAUGCGGACGUUAAGAAGCAGUACAGCAAUCUCUUGGACAACUCCAAGUGGCGACGUCACUACUUGAGCAGCCUGUACGAUUACAUGCAGGGCUGCAACAAGGAGGCAGCCUACCUGCGCGAGGAGCAGGGCAAGAUCCUACAGCAGGACUGGAGCGACCGAAUGGUCGACCCGUCCGACGUCCGCCGCCGCUACGAGAACUUCAAAAGCAACAGCCUGCUGUCUCACGAGUCAGAGGUGAACAAAUUGCAGGAUGAUGGAGAUCGACUGGUGGAGCUGCAACACCCUGCUGCAGACACCAUACAGGCCCAGAGAGACAUGAUGAGGAACGAAUGGCAGAAGUUCCUGAACCUCUGUAUCUGCCAGGAAACCCACUUGGACAAUGUGGAGGAGUAUAAAAAGUACCAACUGGAUACGGAGACCUUGUCUGAAAACUUGUCUGGUGUCAGUUCUACUCUGGAGCCCAAAGCUCUUGCUAACAAGACUAACACAGAGAUUCAAAUGCUACUAGAGGCGGAGGAGAGGCCUCUCCAGCGCAGCGAGCAGCUUUUAGCCGACCUGAGGAAGCGCAGCACCACCGUGGCUCCGCUCAAACUUCGCCGCACUGCUCCCAGCCGUUCCACCACCGUUGAGUCCCUGUGUGACUGGAGCACUCCUAAGGCUUCUGUAUCCAGAGGGGAGAAGUUCAAUUUAAAGUCCAAUGCCAACAACGCAAACUGGGACGUCCAGUCCCCCGACGGGACUGUUAAGUCCAUUCCUGGAGUUUGCUUCUUGAUUCCUCCGCCAGACCCAGAGGCCAUCAACAAAGUAGAUCUGCUGGGUAAUGAGCUGGAGGAUCUGAAGAAAAGGCGCGCAACACUCAGGGCCUCUUUGAAAACCCAUGCCCCUGAACUCUCACGAAUACAGAAGUCCGCUCCUACAGCUAUGGGCUUCGAGAGCCCCAAGGCUACAGAGCUGAAUGCGACUCUUGAUCAGCUGGACAAGGACUUGGCCGAAGUAGAGCAGGGCGUCUUGAACCGCCUGAGAACUCCACUAAACCCCACAGAUCCAGCUAAAGACCUUCUUAACCGCAUGAAGGAGCAAGAGAAAGCUGCUGCAACCCUGCAACAGCUGGAGGGGCAGAAGGCAACUGCACAGAAGAAUCUGGAACCGCUUUUGUCGCAGAACUACAAUGGCCCGGUGUCGUCCGUCCUGCCUCAGAAACUGAGCCAGACCAAAAACAAGCAAGAGGGCCUUGCUGCUUUAAAUGAUCUCUACGCCAGGAAGGCAAAUUCAUCUCUGAACUUGGAAAAUCAGAUAAAAAAGGUGGAUGGAGCCGUUUCUGGAUUUGAAAAGCAACUGAGCAAAGACGGUGCUAUCUCUGAUGCUCCUAAUGCUAUCCAGAACCGCAUGCAGGAAUUGAAAGACUUGAAGAAAGACGUGACUACCACACAGCCUGAGAUGCAGAAGCUGGCCAAGGAUCUGGAGACUACCGAGAAGCUGUGCAGUUCCCUUCAGCAGGGAUAUCAGGAGUACUGCCCUGAUGUACGCAGACAGGAAGCUAAAGUAAAGAGCCUGCAGAGCCGUUAUGCUAAUGUCAACAACCAGCUAACUGAGAGAGAGAUCAUUUUGCAAGGGGUUGCCACCAAAAACCAAGACUUCCAAAAUGCUACCCACUCACUAAAUGCAUUCCUGGACAAUCUACCGCAAAACAAGAUCACGCCCAAUGACGAUUUACCCCAAAUCAUUGCAAAGCAGAGUUCUCAGGAGAGGGUUGCAGAGGACAUUAGAAGGAAAGGUGAUGAUGUGGAUAGGAUGGUUGACCUCUCUCAGGAGCUGCAGGAUAUCCUCAAUGAAUAUGAUGUUAAUUCUGAAAAGUUCAAGGCCACCCUCAAAACCCCGGAUGCAAAAGAUUUGAAAAGGAUACCCACAUCCACUCUGGCAGAUGAUGUGGCAAAACAGGAAAAGGCUCUAGUGAAUCGGUAUGCUAAUGCUGCAGCUGAAAAUGACCAACUACUCAACCAGAUGGACUUAGCUAAGACUCUUUCUGCUCAGAAAGAGGAGAAAAUGGUUGUGGUGCAACAGCAACAGCAACAGCAACAACAGCAGCAACAAAAAAUGGUGGAGGUGGACAGCCUGCAGAAGCAUCUUAAUGAGGAAACCGACAGGCGCGCCCGCGCAGAAAAUGAACUCCGGGUCUUCAAGGACAGGAUGUUUGCGCUGAGGAGCAGAAAAGGCGUUGAACGUGUGGAAGAGAAAGAGGUCCUACAGUACUACCGUGAUCCGAAACUCAAGUCCGAUUUGGAGGAGUUCCGGAAGAACCUCCAUGAAGAGGCAUUAAAACGCACUAGAGUACAAAGUGAGAUUGAGGUGCUUACCAGACGGAUUACCAGUCUGGAAACUGAUCAGAAGAACAGCAAGCCACGACUAGUGACCAGAGAGAUCACCGACUAUGAGAGGGACCCUCAACUGGAUGUGGAAGCUUCAAAACUGAAGGAUGAGAUAAGCCGAUUAAUGAAUGAAGUCAGAAUUAAAAAGAACGAAGGAAGUCAACUGAAAACGGAGGUGAUCUUUUUAGAGCAAAAAAAGCCUAGCAUCAAAGAGAGGGUAGUACAAAAGGAGGUUGUUAGAGUAGAGAAAGAUCCUGAGAUGUUAAAAUCUGUCAGGGUAAUAAAAAUGGAGAUUGAUGACGAGGGCGAAAGGACCAGAGCUUUGGACAAUGACAUCUACCAAACAAAGAGCCAGAUUGGCGUGCUUGAGAAACUCAUCCCUACAUUACAGCCCAAAGUUGUGACCAAGGAAGUGAAGACGGUUGAAAAAGACCCUGUACUCAUCAGUGAGUCCACAAAGCUUCGCUCAAUCAUAGAAGAAGAGAGGAACCAGAAUAAUAUUCUCCUGAGGGAAUUGAAUGAACUUCAGUUACGGCAUGUCCAGGUUGAACAACUAAAACCAAGGGUGGAUAUCAAGGAGAUCAUCAAUGAAAUCUACAGGGUGGCUCCAGAGACUGAAGCAGAGAUAGCCCGACUGAGAAGAGGACUGCAGGAUACUGCGAGGCAGAGCUCUGAUUAUGAGAGACAGAUCAGCUUGAUCCAAACCGAACUGAAUGGUCUACGUGCUCAGAAACCCAAGACUGAGUAUAAAGAGGUGGUCCAGGAGGUAGUGAAAGAAGAACGCAGUCCAGAAAAUGUCAGAGAGAUUCAGAAGCUUUCAGACCAAGUCUAUGCCCUUCAGAGAUCCUACAACACUUCACAAGAUGAGCUGAACCGUCUCAAGAAAGAGCGGGAUGAACUGAAGUACGAGAAGUCAAAAGUGGAGACUAAAGUGGUCACUAAAGAUGUUAUCAAGCAUAUCAGUGAUCCACUCUUGGAGAAAGAGGCAGAUCGACUGAGGAGGGAGGUACGCGAAGAGGCACAAAGACGCAGAACAAUGGAGGAAAUGGUAUUUGAUCUUCAGAAUAAACACAUUCUUCUAGAGCGACAGAAACCUGAAGAGAAGGUGGUGGUUCAAGAAGUGUUGAGGUUAGAGAAGGACCCAAUGCAGUUUAUGGAGGUCGAGAGGCUGGGAAGGACUCUGGACGAGGAAAUAAAUAAUCGCAGGAAGGCAGAUCAGGAGGUGCAGCGACUGAGAGUGCUGAUAGAGGAUAAGGAGAGGACCAUCAGGGAAAGUGACGAGAAGCAAAGAAGGAUACAGGUGGAGGCUGAGAUGUCGCAAAUCAAAUCCCACAUCUAUGGAUUAGAGAAUGCCCCGCCGCCCGUUCAAGAGAAUAUUGUUAUAGAGGAAGUCCUUAAGGUAGAAAGGGACCCUAAAUUGGAGAAACUGACCAAUGUGUUGAGGACAGACUUUGACCAAGAAAACAACGCCAUCCUGCGGCUGGAGAGAGACAUCAGGAACUUGAAACUCCAAAUAGAGGUCCUGCAAAAAGAGAAGUCUUUUGAGAAAACAGUCUACAAAGAGGUGGUCAGGGUGGAAAAAGACCAAGCAGUGGAGGCGCAGCGCUCUCACCUUAGAGACCAGGUGCUCCAGCAGAGAAAUGCCAGAUUAGACCUGGAGGAUGAAAUCCGUCGGGUUUCCGAGAAACUGGAGAGACUGCAAAACAGAAGAACGGCCACUUCUCAAGAGGAGACCAGUCUUACAGUCCAGAAGGAUUCCCUUCUGAAAGAAAAGCAGGAGCUCCAACAAGAGUUGAAGGCUUUGGAGUCUGAGCAGAGAGAAAUCAGUAUCUCAUUCCAGCAGAAUUCCAGGCUCAUGAGUGAAAGAUCCCAAAUGAACAGGCAAAAGAGCAUCAAGAUGGAAUCGGAUGUUCAGCGUCUGGAGAGAGAUAUCCUGGAUGAGAAAGACAGGAUUUACAAGCGAGAGAACAUAAUCACUGAGCUCCAGAACAGCCUGAAGAAAGAGGAUGCUGCCUUGCAAACACGCACCCAGGAAAAAAAUGUUUCAACUCGAAUUACCAUCGUGGAUCCUGAGACUGGUAAAGACAUGUCACCAUAUGAUGCAUACAUUCAAGGGCUUAUUGAUCGCUCUCAGUACAUGAAUUUGGAGGAACUGGAGUGUGACUGGGAGGAGAUCACUUCGGUGGGACGUGAUGGGGAAACAUCCGUCCUUCAAGAUCGCAAGAGUGGCAAGCAGUACUCAAUCAAAAAUGCCCUUAGACAAGGCAAAGUAACUCAGUAUCAAUUACAACAAUACAGAGAUGGCAAGAUGCCCAUAUCAGAGUUUGCCCUCCUUGUGGCUGGAGAAACCAAGAGGCCUUCUGCGAUCACAUCAGUUACCAGCCAGAAGACUUCGCAGUCACCCUCAUUCAGCAGUAACAUCACCACUUCCCCUGACGAGAAGUUCCCCAUUUGUGGAGUGUACGACAAAGACUCUGAUUCAUGCUUUCCUGUUCGAAUGGCUUUGGCCCGAAAUAUGAUUGACUCCAGCACUGCCCAAAGGCUGCUAGAGGCGCAGGCAGCCACUGGUGGAAUUGUAGACAUCAACAGUAAAGAAAGAUAUUCAGUCCAGAAAGCAGCAGAUCGAGGUCUGAUAGACUCCAGCCAGCUGCAGCGUUUGCUCAAUGCUCAGAAGGCCUGCACUGGGGUUGAGGAUCCAGUAACCAAAGAACGGCUCUCAGUUGGAGAAGCUGUCCAGAAAGGGUGGUUGCCCAAAGACAAUGCAAUGCGUUACAUGGAGGCGCAGUACCUGACAGGAGGACUAAUCGACCCCAACCAAAGUGGCAGAGUGAACAUCACAGAUGCAUACAGAAAGAAAAUGAUCGAUAACAAAAUGAUGAGAGAACUCCAGGAGGAGGCAUACUACGCUAAGGAUCUGGUGGAUCCAGAAACAAAACAGAAGCUUAACUACAAGCAGGCAAUGUCCUGCUGCAAGACAGACCCGACGUCAGGGCUCCCAAUGUUACCCACUUCAUCCAGAGAGUCUGUCUACAUCCCUUCAUACCAAAGCCACAGAGCACCACCGUACGGCGGCUACUUCUGAACAUAGAAGUUCGUCUCUGCAUGUUCAGUUACAAUUAACUUUAAUUGGUUCCAUGGAAAUUGUUUAUAAUCUUGCAUUUUAUGCGCUUAUUGUACACCUCAGGAAAAAAGCUACCAAUUUGCAUGUUAUUCAUAUGUUGUAGUACAUAAGAACACAAAAUACUAAUAUAGGUACUGAGUGACAGCUAACAGGGCCAGUUAGCCAUACGCUAACAGGUAAAUCACUUUAUUAUACACAUCAGCUUUUUUUAAUGAUCAGAUUUCAUUUAGGCUUUAACCACUGCUGCUGAGAUAUUUGUUUACUUUAAUGAAAAUAUUAUUAUUGUUCAAGGUUUUAUUUUACUUGGGAUGAUGGGUGGAUUCUUAUUUACUUUAAAUGUCUAUACAAAAUAAUUUAAAAAAUGUAAAAAUCCAUCUUGCAUGAAAGAUAUAAAAAAUAUCAAAAGAAAAAAAAUUGUCUUGUCCUUUUUACUUGGUAAAUUUCUUGUUUUUACACCACGGCAACCAAAGGAAACAUUAUAACUAAAUUCUAUUUUUGUUUUUAUUAUAAUAGUUUAUAAAAUACAGAAAUGGAGCCAUGCACACAUCUGACAAUGUUAUGUCUCAGAGGUGAAGAGCUGAAUUAGUAAUGAUUUAUCAACUGUUUUCCCAAGUACAAAACUGUCUCCUGUGCCUUUUCUUUUCUGACUUAACUAUACAAUCUGCGAUACAUUUAUACUGCAGUUCUCCCAUCACAUCACAUCUGCAAUUAUUGUUUGC